AGUCAACAACAUUCAACAUGUUAUCAACACAAUAGUGAAGUUAUGUUUUGUGUGGAAGUCAGCAUGUUGGUUCGAUUUGCUUUACUUAAAAGGCAUAUACAUUAGCCGGACAGUAAUUCUAACUUAUGUGAAAAGUAAAAACUCGAUUGAAUUAAAAAAAUGUCGUGUUCCAAGGAAGAAAUCGAGAGAAAACGGUUGGCUGCGCUUCAGAAACGGCAAAAUUUACUUGCUAACCGAAAUACUCCUGUGAAAACAAACCCUGUCCAAGGCGGGAGUCCGCUACCCUCAUCGUCAAAUAGUGUUUUUAAAUCUUUUGCUAGUAGUUUAAAUAGAAGUCAUCCUUAUGCUAAGCCUAAAGGUCCUGAAGGUGUUCAAGAAAAUAAAGUUCCUAUAGGCAAAGUAGUCACUGGAACUGUGUACCUGAUCUCGGAAGACAGGUUUGAAGUGAACCCAUCAGAGUUUUGUACACCCCUCAUUAAUAUAUUCAAGAGUUUGCCAUCUAAAAGUUAUGAUUCAAAAUCAAAGUUGUGGAAUUUUUCAAUCAAUGAUUACCAACAGCUGAUGUCCAAGGUGGCUCCAUUGGCACCUCAUGUAGUGUUAGGCCCAAUCCCACCAUAUGUUCUAAAGGUGCUGAAAGAGGAUGCCAUGGAUCCCAGUUGUGUGGACUUGACCCCCAUUGAGGUCACCUUAAGACACAAACUCAUGCCCUUCCAGGUGGAAGGAGUAAAGUUUGGUAUAUCGCGAAGAGGUCGCUGCAUGAUAGCAGAUGACAUGGGUCUGGGUAAGACCUUCCAGGCGCUUGCCAUUGCCAGUUACUACAGACAUAACUGGCCACUUCUCAUAGUUACCACGUCUUCAAUGAGGUAUACAUGGCAGUCCAAGAUACAGGAGUUGCUGCCAUCAGUUCCCAUGAUGAAUGUUGUCACACUCACCAGUGGAAAGGAAACUCAACUGAUUGCAGAUAAACAGACAGAAGUGGUGAUAGUGAGUUAUAAGAUCACCAGCAUGUACACAGAUCUACUUAAGAGCAAGAAGUUUGGAGUUGUUAUCAUAGAUGAAUCUCAUUACCUGAAGUCCCACAAGGCGCAAUGUACGAUGGCACUGCGCAGUAUAACGCGGCAGUGCGCACGCGCAGUGCUCCUCAGUGGCACGCCCGCGCUCAGCAGACCCGCUGAGUUAUACACUCAGCUAUCACUGAUAGAACCUGGGUUCUUCACUUCUUAUACUGAUUAUGGUAAAAGAUACUGUGACGGCAAACAGACGAACUUUGGCUGGGAUAUGACGGGCCAGUCCAACCUGACUGAGCUGCAGAUCAUACUGCAAAAGCGGUUCCUCAUCAGACGGACCAAGGAACAGGUGCUUACUAAGCUUGAGGAGAAAACCAGAGAGACAGUUCUCCUAGACCAAACACUGUUGGACUACAGCCAGGAUACGGAGAAGAAUUUAUCGGAGAUGGCGAACGCUUACAAGACCAGCAAGUCUUCAGAUAAACAGACCGCUUUAAUCACAUACUUCAGCGAGUCUGCCAAGGUCAAGAUACCCGCUGUAUGUAAAUACAUCCGCGAGCUGGUAUCGUCGGAGCCGGCGAGCAAGUUCCUUGUAUUCGGUCACCACCGCGCCGUCAUAGACGCCGUCUGCCUCACGCUGGACGAGGCCGCCGUCUCAUACAUCUGCAUCGUCGGAUCCACGCCCGCCGGCGCCAGGGCUGAGUUAGUGGACACGUUCCAGAACAGCCCGUCCUGUAGAUGCGCCGUAUUGUCCAUCACGGCGGCCAACUCCGGUAUCACGCUCACUGCAGCCAACCUCGUACUCUUCGCAGAGCUACACUGGAACCCCGGGAUCCUGACUCAAGCGGAGUCGCGUGCGCACCGCAUCGGUCAGAGCGCGCGAGUGUCCGUCCGGUACCUGCUGGCGCCGCGUACGGCCGACGACCUCAUCUGGCCCAUGCUGCAGACCAAACUCAAUGUACUCAACAACGUAGGAUUAAGUAAAGAUACGUUUGAAGAUAAUACGUUAAAACAUCAAGAUUCAGAAAAUAACAUAACACAGUACCUCUCUCCUUGUAUGACGAAGAACAAAAACGACUACGUUCCUGGUACAAAUAUUAGAAAAGAUAGUAUGAAAGAAAAUGAAAAUAGCUCAAACGAUCAAACUACUGUUGAUGAUGUAGACAGAUCCUUCCUAGACGAUGAUGAAGAUGAUGAAUUAUUGGCUAACCUUGAUUUGUAACUAAUGUGAUAUUUAUUUGUUUAUAAAAAUGUUUGUAAUAUUAAAA